GAUUUAAGGGUUUCACCAUAGAGUUGAGAUAGAGAGUGAAUUAAAAAAAAACAAAUGGGUAAGAACAAUACCACAAUCCUCAUCAUUGCGAUGGUUUUAACCACGGCGAUGAUAAUGGAAGAAGCUAAGAGUUAUCCUAUAUGCAACACCGACACAAACGACUUGCAGAAAUGUUCUCCAGCUGUAACUGGAAACAACCCGCCAGCUCCGGGACCCGACUGCUGCGCAGUGGCUAAGUCCGCUGAUCUUGAAUGUCUCUGCCCGUACCUCUCCCUGUCCGGGAUUGAUCCUUCAAAAAUCAAGUCUGUUCUGGCCAGUUGUGGCGUGGGCAAUCCCUCCUGUUUGUCAUGAUUCAAGAACUGAGCUGGACACAGCCGCAGAGUUUGUCUCGACUUGAGAAGUCUAAUAAGUUAUGAUUAUGUAUUUUGGCGUUGUGAUUCAAAUAAAUUGUCCAAGUUUGCACUUAUUUUCAGUCGUCCUUUUUAAUAUAAUGUUAAAUCAAAUUUGAUUUAACAUCUGCAUCCUUUUGGAUUUGUUUCAAAUAAAUCAUGUUUAAAGUAA